AUGAUAGGCAUGAGUGAUAUUCCCUCAGUAAUGCGCGAGAGUGGCUGGGUCCCUGCUCUGCUGGCGAAUUUGAUAAUGUCAGUGCUGGCAGCGCUGUGUAGUCUCAUGUUGUUACGUGCGAUGACUCUUAUUCCACACAAUGAGAAUUUUGACCAUCGUAUCGAGUACAACGCUUUGGUUAAGUACUAUCUCUCCGACAAUAACUUCAAAAUGGUUACUUUUCUUCAUCACACCGGCACCCUUUGCAGUGUCAUCUGCGGUAUUUUGGCGUUUUCCAAACUGGUGGACAUGCUCCUUGUGCAAGUUCUUGGCUGGACCCUUGCACUUCAGGUUUAUCCUCACGCAUCCAUUGGUCGUGCUGACCUCACCACGGUCACAGCAAUCUAUGAGUCCGACCUGAUCCAGGGUAAUGGCGAGCAUUCGAUUACAUUGGCUAUUACGCUGGGAUAUGUAGUAUGUGCGUUGCUUUGUUUGAGGCUUAGUGCUUGCGCUCUUGAGGAGACAAUGGGCUUUCACGUUUUUUCAUUCCUUGCUUUUAUUGGUUGUGGUCUGCAGCUUGCUGUGUUCGGCCUCUUGCGUUCCGCUCGCGGCGGCCCUGCGCUUAAACCUCCAGCGAUCGGUAGGCAACGAUUUGGGAAAGUGCUGCUGACGUUUGUGGAGAACUUUAGUGUCGCCAGUUCGACCCCGUCAUGGGCAAAUGAAAUGACACGUGAUGUGAAGGUUAUGCGUACCAUGUGGGCGAGUACUUUCUUUACAGCUGUAUUGUACCAUGUUCUAGGGUACGUGUUUUGUUUCGCAUACCCGGAAGGCGGCGGUAGCAUUGUGAGUGGCAUUUUGCUCAGCAAUAGUGGCAUUGUAGCCCAUGCUACCAUAUGUUUCUUUGUGGCUGUAAACGUGUUACCGGAUGUUGUUUUUGGAACUAUCAGUACAAGGUAUAACUUGCUAAACUUGGGUUAUUGUGGCCAGCGUGCUGCUUACUUUUGGGGUUGCAUACUACCAUUCACAUUUACAUGGUUGCUAUCUAAUGAGUCAUAUUUUUUCGACUACCUGGGUCAGAUAAGUUUAGUUUCCUCGCUUUUCUGUGACUUUGUGGUGCCCGUGAUUGUCUACAAGGUGGCACAACGGGGUUUGCUCGAUCUCACCGUCUCGCCGCAUUCUUCAUUGGAGGGUUCUCUUUUUUCAGGCGAAGCCCCUGAAACUCCAGCUGCAUUACUGAAGCGGAGUACAAGCAUCCUUUUUAAGAAGAUGACUACACUUGGCCGCGCAUUUACGCUUGACUGCAUAAUAAAGCACAAGCAGGAGGAACCACCGAUCCCUGAGGUCCCUGGAUGCGUGAAACCCGGCCCAUCUAGGCUAGACACAACCAUUGAUGACGAUACUGGUCAGGUGAACUAUGGUUUAUUCAAGAUUAUAAGGGCCCCUUUGUUGCCUCGGGAAGAUGACCACCAAUACAACGUCAUUGCUACCAAGAAGCGUAGUAAUCGCGUGUUAUUUGACUAUUUGGAUUUAGAUACUUUAGAUGACGACUCAAGUGAUCAUUCUUCUACAACACCAUCGAAACGUGCUGAACCCGAAAAGCGUGUGGAAUUGUUUCCAAUAGCCUUUCUCGAGCGCCAUAAUGGUUUCGUGUCGCACGUCUGUGCAUUAAAGGGUUUUUCCUUGCAUAAAGACGAACCGCAACAGACAGAGUACUUUUCGCUGGGGGAAGUUCUACCUAUUGACAACCCAACCCAUUCUCCUGGUGCACGUCUUAUCGCUGAUUGUACCACAAAUGGUUACGAUAACGCGAAAACGCCACGAUUUAACUGGGAACUCUUGUUACCACAGUUGCCCUCGGCAUCAAGGUCACCACGCAAUACGAAGAACCCAUGCAUUGCAGGGUGCCCUUAUUCCACAUGGGUUGAGCGUCUAGGCGUAUUAAGGGCAACUAGAAAUGACAUCGCACAACAAUCUUCACUAUCCCACCUAACACCUGGCUUAGACAGCUGCAUAGACGCUAUUGAUCGGUUAUUGCGUACAACAUUGAUCCGUGAGAGUACGCAGUUAUCUUCCGUACGUGACGUAUACCCAAAUAUUUCCGGUAUAACGGAUCGUAUUUCGGAAAAGGGUGUUGCUACGGUAGACUACGUGGACAAUGUUAGCAAGUCGCCAGCUGUUCGGGACCAUGAUAUAUCACAUGAUGAAGAUGACGAGAUACCGCCAUCGCUCCAUCUCGAGGCCAAUGUCGCUGAAUCGCAUUUCGAUGCGUUGUUGGUGCGCAGAUUAUAUUCGCGUCGUUGGAUGUGUCGAAUAGAAGCUGUAGAUGAGAUCAUAUCGCUUUUGGACAAUGAUGCUAUUUUGCUUUUGAAUGAGGGAAGCGUUCAGAGGGCAGUCACUGGUGUCUGCAUGGCUCUUAAUCGUUUAUUCCAGGACCACGCUUUGAAGGUACUUAUUAAAUCGCUUGAACUUUUGGAUGCCUUUUUCACAUUCAUGGAGCGUAACAACUGUUGCAUGGCCCAAAGUGCUCGCAGCUAUACAUCAUCGGGUGAUACUUCUCGAGGGGCUCCCGUGCAAUGUAGUUUGGACUUUUUGGAAGCUAUAGUGGCACGGCUUGGUGAUCGUGUAUCGGCUGUUGUUAACUGCGCUAUUUGUGCUUUACUAAAGAUCGCAGAAUCGAAUACGAUUCCUACCUAUGAAGACAUUACAAAAACGCUACUUAAAUCACUAGGAACGUACAAUUCUCAACCAGGAAGGAGGUCGAUUUGCAACCGUCUGCGUAUGCUUUCAACUGUGUUGUUGAGGUCGCACUUGUACAAUUCUCAUGGCACAGCUCGCCGUUCAGUGCGACCUGGCACCUUUUUCGACACCGUCAGUGCUCUGUGUCAUCAUUCUCAUGGUUCAGUGCGUUCUGCGGCCAUGGAAGCCUUGGCAGUAGGUGCUAAAGCUCACUUCCACGUCGGGACCCCGCCCGUUGAAUCCUCCAUCCGUGAGGCAAUGGACCGUAUUCAGCUAAACCUUGUGUCUAUAUAUGAAGGAGACGCUGCCUCACGUACUCGAGAAUUAUUAUCCGAAGCACAGGCUAUCUGGUCGACCGACAUUCUCGGCGCGCGUACAGCACGCCAUGGCUUGGAUAAUGCCGGCAAGACGACGAUCCUCAAGCGCCUCAAUGGUGAGGAUAUCUCUCGCAUUGAACCUACGCUGGGUUUCAACAUCAAAACUUUGGAACACAAUGGUUACCAGGUGAACUUUUGGGACGUGGGUGGUCAGAAGACCAUCCGUUCCUUUUGGCGGAACUACUUCGAGAACACGGAUGCAUUGGUUUGGGUGGUAGAUUCUGCGGAUACUUUACGUUUGGAAGACUCCAGGACCGAGAUUGAGGAGCUAUUACGUCAGGAUCAAAUGGCACAAUGCACGCUGUUGGUUUUCGCCAACAAGCAGGACGUUCCCGGCGCUAUGAGCGUUAAAGCAAUUCAAGAGCAAUUGGGUCUUCGUCAGGUCGCCAAUGAACGCAGCUGGGCGAUCCACGGUUGUAGUGGUGUCACCGGCGAAGGUCUGGAACACCUGAUACAUCAGAUCAGACGUGAUCCUGAGGCACACCGUGAUGACUUUUUUUUAAAAUGGGAGGAGUUUGUUGCGUCCUUUGCCGUUUUACGGCUGACGCCACACCUCUACAAUGCCGACGCGAUGUCGUUGCUGAACUUCGUCGCACAGCGUAAUGAAAACAUUGAUCUACGUUACGUGCCAUCGGCAGCUGUGGAUUCCAAGAGAGUCAGCAGCGCGUCUGAAAACAUCAGGAAUGCUAAAGCCGAUCCUACUUCAACUCCAAGUGGCACUCAAUCGCUACCAGGCGCUGGAGCUCUUAAAGGAGACACCUGUCACAAUGACUUAGGAAGGGAGUUGUGUAUGAUGUUAAUUGAGUUCAUCAAGACGCAUCGCAAGGGCAUGAACGGGAAGACACUUCGGCAGGUAUUGAGCACUACAUUUCUACUGCGUAGCAAGCGUCUGAUCGAUAUUUUCACAAUCCUCCCGGAAUGGCUCGCCCUCCUGGAUCUUGACGAACGUGAUUCCCGCCGACGCCUCUUUGUCUUUAUAGUACGAGAUUUAACUAUAGUUUCUCAACAAAUGAAGGACGUUAGGGUUACAAAGGCUGUACAACGACUUUUCUUCGACUACCUGCGGGCUAAAAGUGUCCAGGUGCAGCUUCUAACAUGUUGUAUAUGUGUUGAGAUGCACAAACGUCGUCUAUGGCGUGAUGAGUAUACUGUCAACAACAUAGCACAGUGCGCCCUCGCUUCCAACCUUAAACUCGUUCUAGCUGGGGCCCAUUUUCUUUUGGGUACUAGAAACCAUUUUGAUGUAGCCUUUGAGGCAUUGGAAGACUUGGAGGAAGACAUAGCUGCAUUGGAAAAUCUCAGCAAGCAGCAAAAUAACCCAGCAGCUGGUGCUCACUCGAAGAAGAGUGAAGGUAGACAAAAUCGUCUUAAGCGUACGAAGAAACAGGUUGAGAAGCAGUUGGAGCGCCGUAAGAAACGUCUUGAGCUUUGUGCCGUUCGAGAGUUUGCGGCUAUAGACGAGUUGCAUGACCCUCAGAAGUUUACAGAGCGUUUAUUCGAGCGAUGCAGGUGCAAAGACGUAACGUUCGGUGCGAAGCUGAUCCUUCUCCAACUGGUCAGCAUUUUGAUAGCCAGACAUCGGUUGCUAGUGCCUAGUUUCUACGGUUUUGUGCUGAAGUAUAUCAAUCACAAGCAGAAGCUUGUGACCAAGAUUUUAGCCAUAUCGGCACAGGCUGUCCACACAGAUUUACCUCCAGACCUAGUGGAUCCAGUGAUUCGCCAAGUGAUGGACCAGUUUGUGAGUGAAGAUCGGUCGAAUGAAGUAAUAACUGCUGGAGUGAACACGUUGCGUGAGAUAGCUGCCAGAGCACCUUUGUUGUUCCCUCAAGAACUGAUUUCACAAAUUGUCGAGUUCCGUAAUAUAAAAAACAAGGGUAAGCACUGUUUUACAUCUACCCAACUGUCUACAGCUGUAUCCAUGGCGACAAAAUCGUUUAUAAACCUGUAUCGUGAGCAAGCUCCAGAAAUGCUACACCCUACUCUCCGUGGCAGGGAAGCGGGUACACAGCUGACCAAGGCCAAAAAAGGAAAGGCAGUAAAUCCUGGGAGGGUGUUUAGCGACGCUUACAUCUUAUCGCAAGAGGACUUCAAACGUAAGAAUUUCACUGGUCCCGAGGAUAUCCAAGCAGAGGACGAUGCCUCUGCCGAAGAAGAAGACGAAGAGACGGCAACUGAUUCACAAGAAGGUUCUGAUGACGCAUGUGAAUCUGGCGACAUGGAUGAAGAUGAAGGUAUGGAUGAGGACGAGUAUGGAAGUGACAGCGAAGGUGAAGAUGCCAUUUCUGAUAUUGAUUCGUCUAACAAAGUACGAAGAUCAGGUAUUCGUCGUGAUGAUACGGAUGAGAUUGAUGAUGAUGAUGACGAUGAUGAGGCACGCCUUAAGGUUAACCCUGAGGACCUCAUGUAUGGCUCCAAAAGAAAACGUGUUGCAGCAGAGACUCGUCGAGAUGCAGCAGCUGCGCGAAUCGAACGAAAGAAGCAGCGCCUCACCGCUGAAAGUCGUGCCGGUAACAGGCAGAGCACUACGAAUCGUGUAAAAGCUCGGAGCAAACCGGUACUGAUGACACUUCAGAGCAAACGUGUCAAGACUAAGCAGACACAGAACAUCGCUGAGAAGAUGGCGGCACUCAAGCGCCAUCUGAAAUCGCUCAAGAAAGGUAACGUUAAACACAAGAAACGUAGGCGUUGA